AUGGCUGCGCCCUUGCCUAACACAGACCCGCCACACUGGUUCUGGCGGGGCGUACAGUCGGCCAUCUUCUACUACGUCAGCUGUGCACCUAUCCUCGAGUUCAAACACAAGCAACAGCGCCGCAAGGAGGCCAAAUCCGCACAGAAUGAGGUCGUUACACAGCAGCCUGGCAUCGUCCAACAGCCGCGCGCCUUUCAGACCAAUCCACAAUGGACGGAAGAAGUAUUACUUGGGCCCGGCCCGCCCAAGGGGUGGGAACCGCAUGCAAUGCUGCGCGACGCGAAGAAGAAGCUGAAGCGGUCCGCCAACGACGAAAAAGAUAAAGAUGUCGAGCGAGUCCGUCCCCCUCACGAACGCAAGAUAUCCAACGCUCUUGAGAAUGUUAAGGGCACCCUACGCAGUUCACUGCACCCUGAGGGCUGGAAUUGGAAGAGAUAUGAUCGUGAAGAUGAAUUCCUUGGAGCAUUCUCUAAUACCAUGACUCGUAUGUGGGAUAAAAUGGCCGCGAGCGUCGGCCACAACAGCGAUGAUCCAGCUGCUACAGGACUCGCAUUAAAGCGAGCCAAAACGGAUGAGACCGACCAGAUCGACUACAGCCGGGGCCAUGUACCCGCUGUCAACGACCUCCACCCUCCUGUUGUCUCGCGACUGCCAGUGAGACGCGAAGAAGUGGCCUGGAUGAUCCUACCUCCUCCGAGCGCUGCAGUUAUGGAAGGCAAAAAGCCGCCAAUGGAGGAAACGGGACCGAGACGCCCGCUUUGUGUGAUGGGUCGCCCUCCUAAGCAGGCCGAGUUACAACCCCCCGAAGCAGAGGACAACAGCUCGAUCGAUACAACCAGCAUAGAGGUCUGGGAUGCCGCAUCCGUCAACUCAGAUCGUUCUCUGGCGACCACGCCACCACCGUCAUCCCAACGACUAGAAGCGAAAACCCGAUCCCCCCCCAUGUUUGACACUCUUUCCGAUACCGAAAUGUUUAAGGUCAGGCCUACGCCUCGAUCACGACCAGCCAGUUGGACAUUCCAUUACGUUAUUCCUUCGCCGCCGGCACCAGUCCACACACAGUGA